CUGUUUGUGUGGGUAUGUGAUGCGCUGGCAAAACGAGUCGCUGGUCGCGCUGGUACGAGACUGUUUCAGUGUUUGGGCUCAUUCAUCACCCCCAGCGCCUGGUCACUGCUCGUCUGUCUCUCCGGGUCCGCGUGGUCAUCACUUCAUGCCUGCAAUCGCUGCACAUCAGCGCACGGUCACGACUGCAUGAUGAUGAUGAUCGGUGAUCGCAACCGCCCGGUUAUUCUUCGCGCCGCGGUCCCACCGGAGCCAAGUCGUCAGUCUGUGUGUGUGUGUGUGUGUGUGUGUGUCGGGGGGGGGUGAGGCGAAGGUGCGGAACGGAACGGGCCCGGGCGGUUUCGGUUCGUGGAAGCGAUGUGUGCGCGAAUGGUGAAGGGAGCGACCAGUCGAGUCGUAUUAACUGACUGAGGCGGACAGAUAUGAUUCAUGAUGAAUUUCAAUGAUCAAUAUGAAUAGAAGCGCAGUCGCGCGCCGCGGUUACCGUAAAUAAUGGUGUUUCUUGGUGAUACUUGAUUAAUUUACAGUGAUACGUGACUGUGUAGAGACGUGUGUGUGUUGUGUUGUCACGUCGUGCACAGUAAUGUCUCAUGAAGCUCUCUCUAAAUCAUCUAUCAUCAUGUGAAUAAACUGCGUUUAACAUUCUGAGGUAUUAUUUUAAAAUCUCUCUUUGGCGCAUCCCUAGUUUGAAAACAUUCUUUUCACUACUUUAGUUUACUAACUGGGUUAAUGGGGAAAGGAAGCAGCGGUGUGUGUUUUUCCUCUAAAUGACAAUGAUCCAGACACUUGACUGCAAACACUAUGAAAUGUUCAGUUACACGAGCUAGUAGUGUGUGAAGAGUGUGUGUUUCAGUGGAGUGUGGCUGGAAGCGAUUCUCAUUUUUCCAGUGGUUGUUCUCCCCCGGUUUUACCAUGCUUGGUCCAAAUAGCCAUCGGUCGGGCAGUGGGCCAGCGUCUCCCAUCGAGUGAGGUCCGGAAGGUCGACCGUGACCCGGUUGAGGCCUCACAUGUGCUCUCGCUCACCUUGAGUAACACGCCCUGGUCACCGCUGCGUACGACCGCGCUCUCUACCUCGGCCUGCUGAACGAUACUUUGAACGGCAGCCCUUCGGCACACGGACGGAUGCAACGUAGGAUCUUUUACGCCCAAACGUCCUGCUGUCUUUGAAGAGUGACUGACUGUACGGGCAGCACAGUGGUGCAGCAGGUUGUCACUUCUCUGGCGGGAUUCGACGAGCGGCGCCACCGGCGGGAGACUCCUCCAAGUUCCUGGGUCUCGAAUAGGGAAACUGUACAGCUGAUGAUGUCUGAGGAGGCAGAGGCCGGCGUCUGCGAUGAGGCCUUCGAGACAGAAGAGGGCGAUGUUGAGCCGUACCUGGAAGAGGGGGAGAGCACGAGGGAGCUGCUGGAGAGACUCAAGGAACUGGAGGCAGAGAACUCUGCACUUGCACUUGCCAACGAAAGUCAGAGGGAAGCCUAUGAACGGUGCUUGGACGAGGUGGCCAACCAUGUGGUUCAGGCUCUGCUUAACCAGAAGGAUCUGCGAGAGGAGUGCAUCAAGCUGAAGAUGCGGGUGUUUGACCUGGAGAGGCAGAACAGGGCCCUGACUGAGCUCUUCCACCAGAAAAUGCAGAGUCAGGCGAACCCCAUCCAGCAGAUGCAGUGUGGACCACACCAGGACCACGCUGAACCCCUGCCCAAUGAUCCGGACAAGUUCCACGAGUCCCAGAACGAAACUCAGGCCAAGAACAAUGUGGAGCGCUCAAGAGACAGCGUGCCGGGUCCCCGAGGUCCUGUCAUUUCCAUGGAGGCCCUGUCCCCUUUCUUCAAGAAGAAAGCCCACAUUCUGGAAGUUUUGCGCCGGCUGGAGGAAACGGACCCUCUGAAGUUCCAGCCCGCUUCAGGGCUUCCGUCUUGUUGCCCGUUUGCUCCACCUUUGGUCCCAGCGGAGAUGCCGCUCGUGUCCCAGCCUCACCGCUGUCAGUCAUUCGCGGACCGUGACGUUCAGGGGAUCGUGAAUGAUGAGGACCACAGUCUGGAGCGUGACAAGUGUCAGCCCUGCCUGAUGCACUCCCAAAAGAAUCUGUCCAAGUUUCACCAAGCUGGCAAAACCUCACAACCCAGAACAGCGCAAAAGUCCCAUUUGCUUGCAUGGGAAGAAGCCCCUGGGACUUCAGCACAGAGCACAGAUUUCCAAACUGCCGUUGCCCUCGCUGACGGUACAAGCAAAUUCUGCACACCCAGCAUGUCGGUGGAGGAUUCCGGUUUGCCUGCCAGUGAAAGAAACGACAGGUCUAGCGAACCAUCACAGCUAAUGGGUGACGACAGUUACCUUUACUCUGUAAUGAAAGACAUUGCCCAGAAUGGCUCAACCCUGGACCAGCCAGAGGAGCUCAAGGCUGGAAUCCCCCAUGAAGAUAAAUGCUGUGACAAGCGCUCUAGCAUAGCAGCUUCCUCACAGUGUGCAGCCCCGCUGGAAGAGCGAGAUUCUUUGCCCCUGGACGAGAACUUGAAGAACAUGAGCACUACGGCCGUUCAGAGUUUCUCCACCGGGGAGCUUCUUGGAACGGAGGAAAACUACUUCACGGUGACCAGUGAAGUAGUAAAUCUGAAAAACAGCUUGUAUGCAACUACCUCAAACAUGCCAGUUCCUGGGGUGACGGACCACACCCAGGCUGCUUACUGUGAGCAGGAGUCCAGACCCCAGAUGUGCAACGGGCUGUACCUCUCCUCUAAAGAUGAUCCGAGUCUCAAAACCACAGCCGUCGAAUCUUAUUGUUUGGCUCCUGUAUCAGACUUGGACAACACAGCGCAGGAGCCUUCCCCUGAAAAAGCCAGUCUUGCGCUCAGCCCCACAUCUCCUCCAUGCCUUAGCGAGGCCAGAACCUCCCCCGUCUCUUCGCCGUCCAAGCUGCUCAGGUUCCUGAAGAUCCCCUCAGUGGGAGAGCGGACGCAAGCGGGCAGCCCACUUCGACUCAGUCCCCAGCUCACCCGCAACUCCAAAAUCCCUUGCCGGAACAACCACUAUGAGGUUUACCAUUCCCCAGCUAUGGCCCGAAAAGCCACCACCACGGAAAGGGAGAAGCAAAGGCAACCAUCGGCCUCUAAAACGGACAGCUACCCUGGUACGCAUUCGGCACCAACUUCGCCUCCCAAGGCUGAGGACACGUGCUUGUCUGUGGCCAAAGACUACGUCUUCGGUAGUCACUCGGCUCCUAAAGCCAGCCGCAGUACCAAGCUCACACUAGCAUCUCAGCCACAGAAGGCCUACCAGAAGGUGCCCCACUAUGAGAACAUUUCUGAUCUUUCCACUCCUCUACCUGCUACAGAAUCAUCAGGCCAAGAGACUUACACAGAAAGCACAGUAUGGUACCAGAUACACAACCAUCACAGCCUUCCCAACACAUCUGUCCUUCACAAAGGCCAGAACAGCUGCGUUUACUCGAGUGUGAAGGAGAAGAGUCAUGACAGAGGUGGACCAGACCCUGCUUCUCAGACCAUCGACAGUGGUAAGAAAGGAGACCCUCCUCCCGUUCCCAAGAAACAAGCAGCUGGGAAAGCCUCGGGGGAAUCUAGCCGCCUUCCGUUCAAAGAGCGCUUAGCUGCCCUUGGCAAACUAAAGAGUGCCGAGGAUCUACAAGUGGGUCUGCAGCUUGUAGAAGAGAGAGACGCGCAGAGCAGUGACAGUAAGGGCCCUGCCCACAGCAGCACUGAGAAAAGCAGAACUGCGGAAAGGCAAAGUGACCGCGCUCCAGUAGAACAUAAACACACUAAACAUACAGGUUCUCUUGAUGGAAAGUCUUACCCUAGAAGCAACAUCGGUGGUUACGCGCUCAAAUUUCCAGGCCCUUGUUUACCCUAUGAACCAGGAGCCAAAUCCUUGCCGCCCAACUCUUCAAUCACCAAGGCAGAGCUGGAGACCUUCUCCUCCAGAGUUUAUGUAGCGAAGGCAGAGGGCUCCAAGAUGAAGGCAGUCGUGACAUCUUCCAACCCAGAUCCUCCACAGGUUCUGCGCAACUACAUGAAAUGCGCAGCUUCCCAUAGUGUCCCUCACAGUGUCAGAACUGCCCCCUGUCCUCAGAGCAGCCCCACAAAGGUCCUAUCGAAGUCUCCCUCCAGGCCUGGUCAGGCCUCCUCCUACCCCAGAGGGACCAAACUCGUCCUCGAAGACCGAAGCGCCGCUCAGAGGCACCUUUCCAGGUCAGAGGACAGAAGCAGGCUUACUGCUGGCAAGAAAAAGAUAAUCUGUGCUGAGAGUUUGCCGCCCCCCCCACCUAGGCCAGUGGAGGUAAUGGAGGAAAAGAGGCCAUAUGUUCCUGGACCUCGGUCAGCUAUUGAACAGAAGGUCAUGAAGGGUAUUGAAGAAAACGUGCUGAAGCUGCAGGAGCAGGACCGAGGUCAAGCAGCAGAGGUCAAACAGAAGGCGUCCAAUGGCAUCGCCAGCUGGUUCGGGCUCAGGAAGAGCAAGCUGCCAGCCCUAAGCCGCAAACCGGAGACGUCCAAAGCCAAGGAUGACAAGAAGGAGUGGAAGCUCAACAUGUCAUCCGUGGGAAAGGACCCCAAAUGUGACGCAAAGAAAAAGCUGGAGGUGGAGAGCCUGAACAUCUCGAAGCUGAUGGAGAAGGCAGAAGACUUGCGCAGAGCUCUGGAGGAGGAGCGAGCCUUUGUGAACGGAGUAGCCCUGGAUCGACCUGGGAGGGGACACUCCUGCGAAGUGGUCAUGGAUCAGGCACAGGGACAGCUGUCCGUUAUGUACAGAGGCGUGGCCUCCGACAACUUCAUGCAGCAGUUGUUGAAUAGGGUUGAUGAAAAGGAUGCCACCAGCUUUGGUUUGGCACAUCGGCGCCUCUCCUUUGACUCCAAGAAAUCCCGCCCGAUCUUCAGCCAUCACAGGAACGGUAUAAUCAGCCACACGAAGAGCAGCGAAGAGAUGGAGAAGAGCGCACAUCUUGUCAGCAAAGAUGUCACUUCAGAAGAGAGCUUGGCCGAGUCCAUCAAUUCUCAGCGCUUUGCAGGUUCAGGUGCUUCCACGCACACCCUUGACAGCGGCAUUGGCACCUUCCCUCUGCCGGACUACACUGGGAGCGCCGCGGGGAAAAGUAUCCCCAAAGUGAAGGCCCGGGGGGAGCGCGACCCUUCCGUGUCCCGUUGGAAGCCCGAACCCGGGACGAAAGUUCCCCGCAAGGCCCGGACCCUGGAAAGGGAACUGUCCUCUCUGGAGGAGGGCCCACCGAAGGACAAGGAGCAGGACCCCUCCACCCUGUACAGCUCCGCUCUGCAAGGAAAAGGUUCCGCCGCAGCUCUGUCCAGCGCCAUCCAAGCAGGUAGAGACAGCACUCAGCCCCUGCCGCUGCGUCCCAGCUAACGCCCGCUGCGUCAGGCAAAGAGAAAGGAAGUCGGAUCCUUAGGUUCGGCCCACGGCUCCUAUUUGCUGGCGAUCGAGAGCGGUUUUCCUCACUCUUUGAAGCGCCGGCCGAUCCGAAGAGAAUCGCUGUACAUACGCAGCUCGGCGUUUUAAAAUGGACCUUUCACGUACCCUUCCUGCGUCGAAAAUGGCACACCCUGUAUCACGAGCGGAGCGUGGGGCUGCGUUGCCGUCGCUGGAGAGCAUCCCUCUGACUUGGCUCCUCUGCAGAUGACGAGGCCUUUGGCGUACGGUCCCUGCCGGCCCCCUGGAACUGGACCUUUCCCAGGUGACGCGUGGCCAGGCGUCGGAGAGGAGAUGGAGCCGAGCACCAGCGGAAGGCCCUUCCGACAGGUGUGCGCGGCACCUUCCGGUUACUAAAGCGCACCUCACGUGCUGUCUGCGCUGCACUGAUUUUAUCAGGUCCCUGCGGUACAAAAGAAGCACAGUACGCGAGAUCGGAAGCACAGCGACAUCUUGUGGGUCCGUUUGCUCCUUUCCCUGUAGAUGAUGUAGGGAAAGGAAAAUGCCACCGUCUUAAAUGCUCUCUGAUACUGUUGGUAUUGUCUGACUAUAAUUUUCUGCCUAAGGACAGUUAAAUACAAUUUGUCCCUUUUUUUCUUAAGUUUUCCUUUUUUUUUUUAAUUUUUUUAAAUCCUGUGGCCCGUUAAUCCCCUUAAGUCCUUGGUAUCUUAUCGUUUAAUAAUGACAUUGGAUGCGACAAGUGAAAAUUCAUAGUACUGUACAUCCUUUCCUGACUCCUCCAGUAAUGUGUAGCUGACAAUGUGCCACUCCUCUCUCUCCGAUUUCCGUGCCAUGUGGCCCCUCAGCCUCUCAUCUCGCCUGGCCCCCGAGUCGGUCAGUACCUCCCCAGCUAGCGCCGGCCCCUGGGGGCCAAGCCAAAUCCCCCGGAAAUAUACGCAAGGUUCGUCCAAGGUCUGGUUUCGGCGAACGUGAGGCCACGCUGCCCCUGCCACCCCCCGGGUCCCGGAGACCCCCCCCCCCCGAGUCUCUUUGUAAUUCGCUGUAUGACGGGCUCUCGUCGACACGUUCCGGAACAGGCCCUGUUUGUCACGCUUCCGCUUCCCUGGCACCCAGCUCAGCGCUCGCGCACCUUUCCUCAGGGUCUGACUACAUGGCAGAACGGCAGAAACCUGAAGUGGACCGUCCACUGACCCAGUCAGCGGGAUGGAAUGACACACAGCCAAAGCUGGAAAAGAUGUAUCUACAGGUCUUCCACAGAGAGAGACGCCCUGGGGAGACCGGUCGUACCCUCAGACGUGCUCAUGCAGCCUGCCCAACGCACUGCUCUUGCACCGAGCCCAGAGAUCUAGCUGGUAUCCCCUUGUGAAGAUUCCAACUCAUUCAGUUUGGUCUUCAAUGACAAAGAUGAUGUCAAGAUGAAGAAUUAAAAAAAGUAACUUGUGAUGCCCCCACCCAUGACGUGGACACUGUACCCCAGCCAGUUAUUCCAGUUGUUUUUAAUUGGCUUUUUUCAGUUGGUAGAUGAUAUAUUUAAAAUGAUGCUUCUGUUAACUUUUUUCAUUGUUUUCAUAUGUGAAUGUUGCUGUUUAUCUAUAGUUUUGCAUUGGUAUUUUCUAAUUAUUAUUAUUAUUAUUAUUAUUAUUAUUUUUAAAUGUACAGAUGAAAUGCAUUUGUUCUUGGUGCACAGAGGCAAUGCCUCUGUGAGCCAAAUAAAGAAGCUGUU